AUGAAGUUCGAGGCAGGUGACAAAGUGGUCCUGAAAGUGGCGCCAAUGAAGGGUGUCCUGAGAUUCGGGAAGAAGGGUAAGUUAAGUCUGCGUUUUGUAGGGCCCUUUGAGAUCUUGAAGCAUGGUCAUUUUGCCGAGUUCCUUCGACAUGGUUCCUUCAUAAGACAGAGAAAACUAUCGUACUUCUCCAAACAUGAUCCAAAGUUCGGAGUCGGCUCUGUGGCUUACCGUUUGGCCUUGCCACCGUCUCUCUUCAUGGUCCAUAAUGUCUUUCAUGUCUCCAUGCUGAGGAAGUAUUUAACGGACCCGUCUCAUGUGGUGGACUUUAAGCCCUUGCAGUUGAAUGAAAAAUUGAGUUAUGAGGAGAAGCUUGCGCAAAUUGUGGCCAGAGAGGUGAAAGUUUUGCGCAGCAAGGAGGUGCCACUGGUGAAGGUUCUGUGGCAUAACCAUCAGUUUGAGGAAGCAACAUGGGAGCGAGAGGACGAGAUGAGAGCACUGCAUCCAGAGCUCUUCCAGGAUUAG